UAAUUAUAUUUCCUAGCUUCAUUCUUAGCGAUUUGUUUACAUAUUGUAGCUGAGCUCCACAUCACAGCCUUGCACGGAUAUUUAAAGUAGGGAGAUUUUAAAAUCCCCUACUGGCAACACUCAACAACACCCUGCACCGUACCCCUGGUCCGAUCUUCACAUUCUGUGCUUCCGUGCUCAUAGCCUUCGCACGUCACACGAUUUUAAAUAAAUUAUUUCAAGCACUGUUCUCAACCAUGUCGAAACGAAAAAGUUGUGAAAAUGACAGUAUCAAAAGGAAGAUUGCAUUACUGGAAUUACAAUUACUGCGAAAUUCCAAGCGAAAAAGAAUAGUUUAUUCUGAUCAUGAAAAUGAAGAUACCGAUACCGAUAUGUCGUCAGAACAGCUCGAUCGAGAUGAUUCAUGUACAUUAGCAUCACCGUCACGCGUCGCACAGGCCCCGGAGCCAGCACCGGUACCGAAACAAGCACCGGCACCAGCAAUUGUUACUAAUGCGCCCUCGACUUCUGACCCUACGAUAGCGUCUUUGAUCACACAAGACACUAUUUCUACAGAACUUGAUGAUGAGAUUCUAGAAGUAUUAGGUGACGCACCAAAAUCAGAAAUCAAAAUGGGAAAACCGACACAUAAAGAUUUAGCAUCGAGAUGGCAAGAAAUCCUAGAUAAAGGAUUAGUCAAAGAGACGAAAGAUAAAUUAACCGAAGCCUAUCUUAUUCCUGAAAACUGUGAUUUACUAGUUGCGCCGUUAUUGAAUCCUGAGGUAAAGGCAGCUUUAGCGGAUAAUUUGGUGAAACGUGAUAACGCUAUUAUGGCAAAACAACAUCAGAUUGCCAUAGCAAUUGCGGCUCUGAAUCAAGCAGCCGAGUUGAUAAUUGCUAAAGAACAACACACCAAGAUUUUGAAACCAAUUAGCGAUGCGUGCAGGCUUUUAUGUGACAGCCAUUGUUCGGAUACGAAAACAAGGCGUGGGUUCGUCAUUUCAGCGAUUAAUCCUGAUAUGAAGGAUGUGCUUAGCGAAACCAAACGCAACAAGUUUUUGUUUGGAGACAAUGUAUCAGAAAAAUUAAAAUCUGCAAAAACAAUAAAACUGUCUGGAUCCGACCUUAAACAAGCAAAAACUUAUCGUUCUAACAAAUUUCAUAUAAACAACUUCGUAAAAACGAAUCGCAACAACGGAAAUAAUCGUUUAAACUGGAAGACGAUGCCUCGGAAGAUAACACCGAAAGCAGACUACUACGGGAGGAGUCGCCAGUCACAACGCAGCGAACCACGUCACGGCUCUCAACGAAGGGGGACAGCGGAGCGACCAGCGGAGCGAUCAACGGCCUGGAGGAGCAGGAGACGAUAGAUGUAGAGGUAGCCUAUGCCGGCCGUCUUAAAUAUUUUUUGCCACAGUGGGAACAAAUUACUGACGACGAGACCGUUUUGUCGUGGUUGCAAGGAUAUAAGAUUCCAUUUACUUGUACACCUUCUCGUCCUGAUGCUCCAAGUGUGUACCCGAAGUCAGAGAUUGAGCAUACUGAAUUUUCAAAUGCAAUAACUUCGUUGUUAAAUAUGAAAGCUAUCUCAGAAUGUAAUCACGUAGAUAACGAAUUUUUAUCAAACAUAUUUCUCGUGCCUAAACCAAAUGGUGACAAAAGGUUUAUUUUAAAUUUAAAAUGUUUGAAUAAAUUUAUAA